UCUGAGGAUGCUAAUAUUCGGUCUGAUUUAUGGAAUAAUAUGGAAGAACAUAUUGCUAGCACGCUGGUUUUCUUACCUACGGCUAAACAAGUAUGGACACAGGCUCAGGAGAUGUAUUCUGGUGUUAACAAUCUCCGUCGCACAUAUGAUCUUCAUCAGUCAUUCUUUUCUAUCUCACAGGGGGACUUAUCUUUGGAGUCUUAUUAUGCGAAGUUCCGUGGUAUCUGUGAGGAGCUUAAUAUAUGUGAGCCGAUUUCCUCAGAUGUUCAGGUCAUGCGGCGCCAGCGUGAGCGUAUGCAGGUUGCUCGGUUUAUAUCUGGUACAUCAUCCACUUAUGGUCCUGUUCGUAAUCAUCUAUUGGGGUCUCGUGAUCUACCUUCUCUUGGCGAGGUCUUUAGUCGCAUUCGACAGUCUUCUGUAUCUGUGUCUGCGCCACCUCCUGAUCGUUCAGCAUUGGCUUCCAUUGUUUUUAAUGUUUCUAGUACUUCAUCUAGCCGCGGUCGCGGUCGUGAUUCUGGGUUUAAUGGUCGUGAUCGCAACUCUGGGUUUAGUGGACGUGGCUUUGACCGUGGUUUUGGUGGGCGUGAUUUUGGUGUGGUUGCUCGUGGUUCUGGUAUUGGUGGUUUUGGUCGUGGUUUUGGUGGUCGUAUGUCAGGGGGAAGUGGUCGUGGUCGUGGCCGUGAUUCCCGAUUGUGUACUUAUUGUGGGGGGACCAAUCAUACCGUGGCGACUUGCUAUGAUCUCCAUGGGUUUCCUCAGGCUCAUCAGGCUGCUAUUUUUGAGGAUGUUGAGCCGCCUCCUCACCUUGCUGACCCUGUGGUGACUAUUUCUUCAGAAGAGUAUCAGCGCCUAAUGUCAAAUCAGGCUUCAUCCUCUACUGCUACACUCGCUCAGACCGGUUCCUCCGUUGCUUAUGUUGCCUCUUCUCAUUCUUCCACUCAUUGGGUUAUCGAUUCUGGUGCUUCUGAUCAUAUGACUGGAUCUAAAGACGGGGAGGAAGAUUGGUGGGGGUACUGAACGUGGCGGCCUAUAUUACUUUACCAAUGACAUUUAUCCUGCGUCUGUUGCUCUUCAGUCAUCCGUUUCUCCCUAUCAAUAGCAUUGUCGUCUGGGUCAUCCCUCUCUUCAAAACCUGAAGCGUCUGGUGCCAUCAUGUAGUAGUAUUAAGGACUUGCAAUGUGAAGUCUGUGAGUUUAGUAAACACCGUCGCGUGUCUUUUUAUUCUAGGGUUGAGCGUCGUGCGUCGCGUCCUUUCCAGUUAGUACAUUCAGAUAUUUGGGGUCCUAUUCAUGUUCCCACUUUAGCUGGUUUUCAGUAUUAUGUUAUUUUUGUCGAUGAUUUCUCUUGUAUUACAUAUCUUUAUCUUAUGAAAACGCGAUCAGAGUUGUCUUU